AUGACCAUAUUAUACUCACUAUAUUUUUUCAUAAAUGAAAUAGUCUGGCAGAUUGCUCAGCGUGACUAUAGAUUUGGAAAGGGGAAACAGAAGACUCUAAACAAAGCAACAUAUGAUGCUGUUGGUGACCAUUUUAGAGAGCUAUGGGGCAAAGAAGCCGGCUGGGCACAGAGUGUUCUAUUUACAGCCAAUCUCAGAUCAUUCUCGGACCGAUUGAACCCCAGAUCAGAGGUCCACGACCAGUCUACAGAGACGCUUAAAGUUGAGUCGAAAGUAGAAGCAACGCAAGUGAAGGAAGAGGUGGAAGAAGAUGGAAUUCGAAUUACCACUCGAAUCUCUGUCAAAAGGGAGCUAUCCGAAGGUGAAGACACGGGGCCUAAAGAUAACUCUAGUGUUUCUGAGCCUGUGCCGAAGAAACGAAGGACACGAGCAUCCAGGUCAAGAAAGUAA